CUAGGGGAAAAGAUAUAUCUUGUUGAAGGACGGGUUAUGAUUCCCAAGAACAUCAUUCAUGAGAGCAUUCCCUACAAAUACUUGAUUCGCAAGUGCAGUAAAAAAGACAACAAACCCAUGUAUGAGACAAUCUACCAGAAAGAUGGUAAUGAAUUGGUCAACAGGUGCCUGGCGAUCAAAGAGGACCUUUUAACACAUGAAGGGGAGUGGCACCAGUAUGAUGAUAUGAUCCAUCCAGAAAUGAAAAAGACUUUUUGGAGUUCUUCGCACAAAGACAUUGUAGUGAAAGGCAGAGACCUGGCUGGCAGGGAGAUGCUGAAUAUCAUUUUCGACCUUCUUACAACUUGGAAUGAACCAAAUGUGAACAACUUCUUUUUACUGCUACAACAGUUCUUUUAUACAUACAGCCAUCCUGUACUUCACUAUGACAGAAAAAGGCCAUGGGGACUACCAUACAGUAUUGAGCAGGUUGAAGUCCUUCUCAAAGGUGUUCUGGAGGAAAACAUAAAUUCCCAGCUCAGAAGGCAGAAACAAACAACAACAUCCCUUUCACCGCUGCAUACAGGAGUUGUUUCUUUGCUCCUUUACAGCAAGUAUCUGAAAGAUGACAUGAAGAAUCAACUAUCUAAACUCUGCAAUCUACUUUGCCUGCCCAAUAUGCAACAACACAAAUUCUCCUCUUUCUGGAAAGAGUUUGAAAUCCCUUUCGCCGAUAAAAAAAGAGUUGCAGAUGCUGUUGAGAUUCUUAGCAACAAUGCUAGAAAACUCAAUAUUGACAAGUGGGUCUUGGUCAUCCCUCUUAUUCACCUACUGAGAGGAGAAAGCAAGCCAUUUGAGCCGGCUCCAGCUGUCGUGAAUCCACAGCUAGAGUCCUGGACAGGUUUGAGUGGGAGCAAGGGGACGCAUUUCAACGGCGACAACUAUGAUAGGAGUGUUGUCCGGAUCAUGAAGGACUAUGCAUACCUGACAGACAUUGAUCGACUUCUCGUGCACUCUUGGAUGCCUCUGCUGCGUGUGGAUGAUUUCACAAGCUUCAUAAAAAGUGUGCAAGUGGAACUUCUAGACAUUCUUCAUUACAUACAGUUCAGCAUUACAUCAGGGACAAGUUACAUGAACUACAAGGCUUUGAAAGAUCUACUAUCUCAUCUCAACAAAGAAAGCCAUCUCAUUAAAAGUUUUGAUAACAAGUAUGGAGAAUGUUGCCUAAAAACAGCAGUCCGGCUUCUUGGUUCUGUGUGCCAUCUCACCACAGAUACAGAAAACUGGGAAGUUCCAAUUUACUUCCUUGAUCUGGUCUGUCUGAUUGCCAAGGCAUACGACCACACCGAUUCCCAGGCAAGAGCGCAAAUACAUGAAGAGUUUAUCAUGGAGACAUUACGAACUAUGAGGGAAUGGCGAAGAAAUACUUUCAGAAACAAACUGCUAAAUGAAUGGACUCCUUUGCAGUUUUCUGUACCCCAUGAAAUCACGGUAUGGAAAAAGUUACUCUCACUAUCCUUCAGUCACGAGGAACACACCUCUUUCUGGAGAACCACUUUCACGGAGGAUUUUGAAGGCAAACUAAAACGAGAACAACCAGUUGAUCAAAUUGGAAUAUACUCCAAAAAGAUGGAAGAACUAAGCAAAACAAGUCCAUUGUUAGGCAUCACAAUGGAGAAAUGUGCAUUGGAUGCGGUUGCUGCUAUUUGUCAGGAUAAAUCUGGCAAAGCUGUUUCAGCUCUAAUUGAGAAACAUGAUAUCAGAAAGUUUGGGAAGCUGAUGUCUGUAGUUGUACUGAAGACAUGGCCCACAGAUGUGAAUGGAGAAUACAUUGAAGGCGAGGACUUGAUAUUUGAGUAUCUUGUUAAUAACCCGAUGGCCCAAACAGUCUUUCAAAUGACAGGUGUAGGAGGAAGACUGAUCGACCAAUUUUCAAAUGAAGUGCAAAUCAGGAUGACUUUGGCUAGUUCAGCAUUCAAAUCUGUGUCACAGAAGUUCCUCAGUGGCGAGAUCCAAAUGAAAACUUUAGACCAAAUCCUCCAGAAAGAACAUGAAUUUGUUGGCUUGCUGAAGUUAGAUGCGCUCUGUGAUGAUGGUCGUUGUAAAGAUGGCAGCAACAUGAGAAGAUUACUGAAAAUAAGAAAAGAGGAAGCAGAAGCUGUCCACAACGAGAAGGAUCUUGUCAAGAGUCUUUUACAAAUCUGCCAGGAGCUUCCACAACAUGUCAAAAUUGACUACAAUGGAUUGGACAAAAAAAAUCAUCAGAACAUUGAGAUGAUGAAUCUGAAUGAAUUUAUGAAACCUCACAUUCUUGAUGGACAGACCUCAGCUUCAAUUGGGAAGGUCACUUUUUUCAACCUAUGCGAUGCUACCCGUCAAAUGGCGUUAGAACUUCAUGCCAUUAAAGACAGUGCAAUCUUCAAGAUGUGCUGGACGAAUCAAGUGGAAGAGUUGUCAAGAGACCGAUCAGAUACAGAUGACACUGAACAAUUCCAUGUCAAUGAGGAACUCUACACUUUUGACCUGAUCUACAGUAAAAUAUUCCAGAGCUGCUACAGCAAGUACAGAGGGCUUUAUGAUGGUCUGAAGAGUGGCGAUCUGUUUCUGGAGGAAAUAGACUGCAUCUUUGAGGACUACAGAGGAAAGUAUGAAGAGUUGCAGAAGGAUUUUGAUAUGAUGUGCAGAAUAAAUCCAUCUGAUAACAGAAGUUGGGUCAGGGGAAGGAUUCAGCAAAUCCAACAGUACCAUGAUCUUGGUCUUGCAAUGGAAUCUGCCAUAAUCAUCAUGGAUAUCAGGAACACAAUAUGUCCAGAAGGAGACUUCAAAGUACUCGAGAAAUUGCUGCAAAUGAAUCAAGAUGACUUCAAGAAAAGCAGCCUAAAUGUCAUAGAUCACUCCUUCAUGAGAGUCAAAACUGUUCUGAUGGACAUUACAAAUGAUCGUAAGGAAUGUCUUCAGAAUCUCAGUCUGAGCCUCAAGUUUGUCCUAUGGGUUAAAAAAGCGCUUGAAGAUAUCAAUGAGCUGAAAGUGUUUGUUGACCUGGCAUCUAUCUCUGCUGGAGAAAAUGAUCUGGAUGUGGAUCGAGUGGCCUGUUUUCAUGAUGCUGUUCUCGGUUACUCUUCGCUAUUAUAUGGACUGAAGAAGGACUCUGAUUUUGUGGCUUUCAAAGAGUCAUUGCCAAAAUUGUGGAAGGCACUUGAAAAUGACAGAAAUAUACCAACGAAACUGCGGGAUACAGCACGCCAUCUGGAAUGGCUAAAGACUGUAAAGGAAAGCCAUGGAUCUGUUGAAUUGUCAUCUCUGUCCCUGGCUACAUCCAUCAAUGAGAGAGGGAUAUACACCAUUAAGGCCCAAAAUCAGAAAAAGCUUUCUUUAGAGACUUCCCUGAUGCUGCAAAUUCAGGAUGGACAUGAGAAAAGCUUAGCAUGCACCUAUGACGACCUGAAAGAGUUGCAAAAUAAGCUUAUGCUCAUGUCUGGAAGAGGGGAACAAAAUCUAACUGAAGUUGAACACUUUGCUGAGGUGUUUGACAAUGUCCAAAGACUUGCCAAAGCAUUUGUAGAGCUUUAUGCUGCAGGCAACCCACUCUUCAGAUGUUGGGAAGCCAAGAUCUCUUGCAAUACUCAGAACGACCCAUGUAUCAUUAUGGAAAUCAACUUUUGCAAGACCCUGCAUUGCAUUCAUGUACGCGGAAGUCUAGUUGAACAACUUAUAACACUUUCUAAUACGAUGGAGUUGUUUCUUGAAGACUGGCGAAACUUCAUGGACAAACAGAGAUCUGAUCACUACUACUUAAACUACUUUACAGCAGAACAAAUGUUCUACCUUUGUAGUGUUGUGACUCCAUCAAAUGUAAAUAAGGAAAUGGAGGACAAAGCUUUGAUGAUGCUCUCUUUCAUUCAACCAAACUGCACAACAUCAGAUGUCUGGAGCACAUGGAGAAGGUUUCAAGACCAAUUUGAGCCAGGCAAGAGGAUUAAUGAAGGUGCUCACUUCCAAAGUCACUUUCUUCAUCAGGAAAACAGCGACAUGUCUUCAGCUGAUCAUUUUGAAGCCAAUGAUCAAGAAGAAAAGGCUUACCAGACUGUUGAUUUAAAAGAACUGGAAGGGUUAUGGAAUGCCUACAUGAAGAACGAGGAGAUAUUUUUCCAUGACCUUUUGGACAUAAGGAGUUUAGGGGUACUGUUGGAAACAAUGGCUGCCACAGAAGACCAAAGUGAAAAUGCAUGGGCAGAACCAGUGCUUUCAGAGGUGAAGGACAAGUCAGUCCGAAGAAUUCUCCCAAAAAGCCUCUCAAUAAACCAACCAAAUCUCAUAAUCUGUUCACAAAAUGAGGUCCUGACUUCAAGCAUCUGUGUGUACAUGAACAGUGAAUAUAAUCCACUGCCUAGUUAUGAUGAGGUUCUCCUGUGUACCCCUAAAACAUCUUAUGAGCAAGUAGAGCUUUUCCUAAGGAGAUGUCUCACACCAGGUGACAUUGGUCAGAAGAUUUAUACAAUGCUUUGGGCAGAUCAGCUAACCUAUGACAUUAGCUGCGCAAUGGAGAACUGUUUUCAGAAACUGCGUUCCCUGUUUAAACAUAAUUACAGGUUAGUGAUAUUUUGCAGCUCUGACAGAGAGCACACUUACAUCCCUACUGCAUUCAGUCAGUUCAAAAGAGACUUUGUCCCACAAGAUUCAUUGGAAAGGAUCCAGACCUACUUGUCCAUGCAUUUCACUGCCCACUCCGAUCACAAGAACAUUUUCUUCAAAGGUGACCAUUCUGUCGGCAUUGUUGCUUCCCAACGUGCAGGAGUAGGCAAGUCAUUGUAUGUCGAAAGAUUGUAUGAAAAGUUGGAGGAAUGUGCUGAAAAAGGAACUGCAUUCAAAAAGUGCAUCCGACUAACUGAACAUGAAGUUGAUGACCACAAGAUUCUCCAGUCUAUGUAUGACACACCAAAACAAAAAGAUCUCAAGCUGUUUCACUUCGAUGUCACAUCCUCGGUCCAAAAAGGCUUGAAUGAAUUCCUAUUCAAAAUGUUCUUUCUGGGGUACCUGAUGGACUCAGAUGGACUGAUGUGGCGCUGUACCCACAGACACUUGUACAUCAUCGAGUUACUGGAAUCCCCAAAUCAUCAGCCCGGAUAUGACCUGGGAACUGAACGAAAGGAAAACUUUGCAUUCACAGACGUUUUCCCGAAGGUAUUUUGUCGUCCACCAAAAGAAGUAAUGGCUUUGGAAAUGAGGAGAGAUGAAAACACUGACAUGGAGAGUGGAGACCCCCUCAUGGAUGAUAAAUGUUUCAAGAGUGAAGCUUAUCAAAGACCAUACCAGUAUCUCUCACGUUUUUACAACAACAGCAAUCUGGACAACUUCACUUACCUCGGCAUUGAAGGGACUCAUGCACAGUUUCUUCAGAUACUGUUAUUCUACUGUGGCAUAUUAGAUCCAUCAUGGGCAGAGCUACGUAACUUCGUCUGGUUCCUUAAUCUUCAGUUGCAAGACAGUGAGAAUUCAGUAUUCUGCAAACCUGAGUUUGUUGGAGACACUCUUCUUGGGUUCAAAAACUUUGUGGUCGAGUUCAUGAUCUUGAUGUCUAAAGACUUUGCAACACCAUCACUAUGCAUCACUGACCAGAGCCCAGGGAGGCAACAAAUUGACAUGAGUGGGCUCAAUGAAAGAGAUUUAGCUCCAUUCCUCAUCAGAAAAAGGUGGGAAUCUGAGCCACACCCAUACAUCUUUUUUAAUGAUGACCAUGAGUCCAUGACAUUCAUUGGGUUUCACCUAGUGCUCAAUGACCAGAAAGGGGUUGAUGCCAUAAAUCCCUUAACAGGCAAAGUGAUAAAAAAAAACAUUAUGACUCAAGAGUUGUACACUGGCUUAAAACAUCAGAGAGUCCCUUUUAAUAGGGACUUUGAUCAGCUUCCGCGAGCUGACAAGAUCGAGCACCUGUGCAGUGUGCUUGGCAUCAAGUGGCCAACAGAUCCUGAUGAAACGUACGAACUGACUACAGAUAACAUUCUCAAAAUGAUGGCGAUCCAUAUGAGAUUUAGAUGUGGAAUCCCAGUUGUCAUAAUGGGUGAAACAGGAUGCGGAAAGACAAGGCUCAUAAAGUUCAUGUGUGAAUUGAGAAGGUGUGGAGCACCGGCAGAGAACCUGAAACUGGUCAAGGUUCAUGGAGGAACUACAUCAGAAAUGAUAUAUGAAAAAGUGAAGGAAGCAGAAACUCUUGCAAGGACCAAUAAAGAGGCUCAUGCAUUUGACUCAGUUCUUUUCUUUGAUGAAGCAAACACCACAGAGGCCAUCAACAGCAUCAAGGAGAUUGUUUGUGAUAACUCUGUGCAGGGACAACAACUUGGCUCUCAAACAGGACUACAGAUUAUUGCUGCAUGCAACCCCUACAGGAAGCACACAGACAAGAUGAUCGAAAGGUUAGAGGCAUCUGGAUUGGGCUAUCGGGUCAGGGCUGAGGAGACAGAAGACAGACUUGGCUCCAUUCCUCUUCGUCAGCUUGUGUAUCGUGUUCAUGUGUUACCCCCCAGCAUGAUUCCUCUUGUUUGGGAUUUUGGGCAGCUCAAUGACUCAACGGAGCAAAUGUACACGGAACAUAUAGUGAAAAGACAGGUAGAGACCAACUUGAUAGAGAGGCAUUAUGUUCCAACUAUAACUCAGGUAUUGGCGUUAUCCCAAAAGUUCAUGAGGGAGAGAAAAGAUGAAUGCAGUUUUGUCAGUUUGAGGGAUGUUGAACGCUGCAUGCACGUGUUUGUAUGGUUCCACAAAAAUCACCCAAUGUUUGAUGAGAGAAAGAGAGUAUACCUUAAAGAGCUAAGUCAGAGGGAAAAAAACACAAAGAUGUUGUCAUUAUUACAAGAUAGUGACAGAGUAAUCUGGUCACUCUUGAUGGCCACUGGAGUGUGCUAUCAGUCUUCCUUGGAAGACAAAAGGCCAUAUCAGGAAAUGAUCAACCAUUUGCUUCCUGGAUACAGCACAAAGAGAGUACUGGAGGAAAUCCAACUCAUGCAGGACCUCCUACUCAACGGUGUACCCAUGGGUAAAACUAUAGCCAGGAAUGAGGCUUUGAAAGAGAACUUCUUCAUGAUGGUGAUCUGCGUUGAGCUAAGAAUUCCCUUGUUUAUUGUUGGGAAACCGGGGAGCUCCAAAUCCCUGUCCAAAACCCUAGUUGCUGAUGCAAUGCAGGGCCCUGCCUCACAUUCUGAACUCUACAAGAGGCUAAAGCAAAUACAUCUUGUCUCUUUCCAGUGCAGCCCUCAUUCAACUCCUGAAGGAAUCAUCAACACAUUCAAACAGUGUGCUCGCUUUCAGGAAAGCAAAAACUUGGAUGAAUACAGCUCAGUAGUUGUUCUUGACGAGAUUGGAUUGGCUGAAGAUUCCCCUAAAAUGCCACUGAAAACACUGCAUCCAUUACUCGAAGAAGGCUGCGUGGAUGAUGAGCCACAACCUCAUAAAAGAGUUGGGUUCAUUGGAAUUUCAAAUUGGGCACUUGACCCUGCUAAGAUGAAUCGUGGAAUAUUUGUGUCCCGUGGAGAUCCAAACCAGGAAGAGCUCAUCAAAAGUGCUAAAGGGAUAUGCUCGUCUGAAGAAAAUGUUCUGAAAAAGAUAAAACACCUCUUUGAGUCUUUUGCAAAAGCAUAUAUGACAGUAUGCGAAGAGGGCAAGGGUUUUUUUGGUCUGCGGGAUUUCUACAGUCUGAUUAAGAUGAUAUUUUCAAUGACCAAAAUCAGUAACAAGAGUCCUACAGCAGAUCAAAUAACUGAAGCAGUCCUGAGAAACUUUAGUGGAAAAGAUGAUGUGGAUGUGAUGCGCAUAUUCCGCGAAGAACUCGGAGAUGACUUUGCCAAUGCCAGCAUCACCACCUUGGAUUUGUUCGAGAAAAGCAUAUCUCCAGCUUUCAAAGUGGAUGAAAGUCGAUACCUUUUAAUCCUCACAAAAAACUAUGCAGCUCUUCAGAUUCUCCAACAGAUAUUCUUCCAUCAACAAAUCCAUCCAGAAAUCAUCUUUGGGUCUAGUUUCCCAAAGGAUCAAGAGUACACGCAGAUUUGUAGAAACAUCAAUCGUGUCAAGGUUUGCAUGGAGACUGGACAGACAGUUGUGCUUCUUAACCUUCAGAAUCUCUACGAAAGUCUGUAUGAUGCUCUCAACCAAUACUACGUGACCUUAGGGGGUCAAAAGUAUGUUGAUCUUGGAUUAGGAACACAUCGUGUAAAAUGCAGAGUUCACAAAAACUUCAGGCUCAUUGUCAUUGAAGAGAAAGAGGUGGUCUACGAACAGUUCCCGAUCCCACUGAUUAACAGGUUGGAAAAACACUAUGUUGACAUCAACACUGUUCUCAGAAAUGAGCAGAAGGAAAUUGCCAGACAUCUACAGAAAUGGGUUGAUGAUUUUGUAAACUCAAGUGGUCAACAACCUAUGAAAAAGCAAUACGCUCCAUGUGAUGUCUUCAUUGGCUAUCACUCAGACACAUGUUCCUCUGUGGUCCUGCAAAUAACGGAGAAUCAAGGUGUUGAGAGAGAUGCCCAGACCAUUCUGGAUAAAGCCAAAGACAUUCUGCUCAACUGCGCCACUCCAGACUCUGUUGUCCGUUUGGACAAAUCCAAAAUACCUGAUGAGGAAAGAGAACAUAUAAUGAAAGAAUAUGUUAAAGAAGAGAUGCACAGCUCAUUGGGAGACUACAUUGUGUAUCACACACAGCAGUUGGAACAGUCCCAAUUCUUCACUGAGGUCACAACAUUUUCCAGGCUAUUGACUGCAGCAGACACUCAACAACUGCAGAAUGUGACAAAGCUUAAUAAUAUUAAGCUGCUAUCACUGCAACAGUUUGACACAGAGUACUCUUUCCUCAAGAAAAUCAGGGAAUUUCUUGGCUCAACACUUGCAGACAAAGUGCUCAUUAUCCAAACAGACUAUGAUGAAGAGUCCCAUCGGAGAAAUAUUCUUUCCUCAGCCAAGUAUUCGUGCACCAACGAAAUAAGCAAGUGGGCCUUAAACGCAAACACAAAAACGUUUGUGUACUUUGUCACCAAACUUCCUCGAAUCGAGGGUGGGACCUCGUAUGUUGGGUUUCAAGGCGGUCCUUGGAGGUCUGUUCACAUUGAUGAUCUCAGAAGAUCAAAAGAGUUUGCGUCUGAUGUUCAUUCCUUAAAAAAUCUACGCAUAAGUGAACUUUUCAAAGAACUACCCGAGGCCAUGAAGACAGAAGACUACAAUGGUGUGGCACAAAAUAAUGACUCAACUGUCUUGGGAGAUGUGUAUGAUAUAACAGAGCUGACAAGAAGUUGUGUUCAGAGUGCAGUGAACAUGCUUAGAGAUGCAACAGAGAGUGGAGAACUCAGCACAAAAAGAAUUGAGAACUUGCUGACACUUCUGGAUGAAACUCAAACUCAACGUGUGUUUGCAAACAUUGUGAGGAAGCGUCUUCACAUGCUGUUAGAAGACUAUGAGGCCAACAUCCCCUAUCCAAAAAGCUGGGUUCUAACGGAGGCAUCUAAUGUCAAUUCUCUUCAAGAAGGGGGGACGUUCCUACACACACUGUGGAGGAAAAUCCAAGCAGUUGUGACUCCACUCCUGGCUACGUUGGUCUCAGUCAUUGACCGAGAUUGCAAUUUGGAGCUUUUGCUGAAUGAGUGCGAUGACGUCAGGAAUCUAUGGCUUGAGAUAUUUGGGAGCGAACAGAUGCUCCAUGUACCUUUUAAGAGGGUGGAAAGCAACUCCAGUGUCUUAAUGGUACAAAGCCAUAGCACAGGUGGCAACACCAUGCACUGCCGCAUGCCUUUCAGCUGGUGGAUUAAAGACUUCCUGGAUGGGCUCAUGAUCCAAACAUACAGACAUGAAACUCAUUCACCGGGUCAUUUCCAGGAGUUUUUCUUGAACACUCCACUUGGCAAUUAUAUAUCCAAAAAUGUGGAAGAAAAAAUGAAGAAAGAAUUUUUCGAAAGGUACCUGCAGGAUUUUGUUUCCAUGACCAUGAAAGUGGCAUCAGAUGAAGAAUUGCAGGUCUUGUGUCAGGCCCUUGCCAGCUGCGUCAAUGAAUUACAGAGUCGAAAAAGAGUUGAAGAUGAGCUUUCUCUUCCUGACAUCCACAUUGCCUACAAUGUCUACAAAAGCCGUCUUCAGAACCUCUCAUGGAUGAUAACUCUUCAGCCUGAUGUGGUUUCUCCGCUACGAAAAAGCAGGCACAGAAAUUGUCCAGAAAUGGUUUUGGAUGUACUUGCAGCCCAGGCAUGUGUUGAAUGCCUGGAGUCUGCUAAUUUAGAUACUGAUGCUCUAUGCCAGCGCUGGCUGAUGCAGGUCAAGCGGCUACGAGCCUCUUUGGAUUUGAUUUGCUCUCAACAGUAUAAAGAGCGAUGCAAGGAAAUACUUCGAGGUGUCAGGAAAGGAUGGAAGCGCAUCAACAUCCUCUCAUUGUUUGUGGACCACAUGCUGCUGGGUUUCCAAAAUGAUGAGAAUCAGCUUAGAACACUGGUACUGAAUCAGAUUCAAACCUUAAACAAGGUUCUGGAGGGAAAUUCUGAUGUGAAAUCAAUGAAGGCUUUUCGAGCUGUGGUUGAAAUACUAAGUUCAUGUAAGCAGGGGGCAAGUGAUCAGCUUUUCAGGUUUGGACUUCAAUGUGACGUAUGCACAAGGGAGCCUCAGGACCCUGUAAAGCUGCCAUGCCAUCACAUGUUCUGCUUAACAUGCGUCAGGGCAAGCAUUGAUGCAGGACAGACUUCUUGUCCCAAAUGCAGGCAGCAGUUACCAAAUGACUUUCAGCCACAUGUCUCUGAAGAGAUCAGGGUUUCUUUGAGGAAAAAUGCAGAAUUCAGUCGGCGUUGCAAUGGCUUCUUCAUUGACCUGCUCUCCACUGUGUGCUUUAAAGACAACACUCCACCAGAAACACAUGUUAUCACCCACCUGUUGUCCUACCUGAUUAUUGAGACAGAACAUAAACAGAUACACACCAAAGAUCUGUCACCUUUUGACGAGUCCCCAGAUAAAAACCCAGUCGUGCGAUCCGUGAUCCUCAAGCUGCUGCUGAAGUUCAGCUUUGACGAAGUCCAGGAAUAUUUGCAGCAGCAUUUGUCAUCUGUUGAAGAAAGCAGAUUUGUGCACGAGGAUGAUAAAGCAGAGCUGUAUGCUUUGUACAUAAACUGCUUGGAGGACUCCAUGUGGGAGAAGAUGCCUCAGGAAGGCUUCACAGAUUUAGAAGUGAAGCCAUUUUACAAUGAUGAAAGACAAUUCCUACACUUCUUUUUGGCUGAAGUCAACUCUGUUCCAGCAACAGUGUCUAUUCAACAUCUGCAGGACAUUGCACGAUUGCGUCUUUCGCUCACCAUGGCUGCCCAGCUCAUCAGUGACGAUCUGUGUGAGAGAAAACUCCCAGAUGGAUCAGAAGAUUUCCUGAAAAUGGUGAUUAAAGUCUGUGAGGACAGUGGGAAUGAUUGGUACCGCAUUUACCUGAUCCGCAAACUCAGUGAAUGGCAGGGUGUGGAGUCGGUCCAGACUCUUGUCAAACAACCGCGGUUUAGCUGGCUUUUCCCUAACAAUAUCCAUCAGCAGAAUGUAGAUGAAGGCCAGAUGGAUCAGUAUCUUGUGUAUGGGGAGGAAUACAAGACUAUAAGGGAUGCAGUGGCCAAGGCAGUAGUGGACUGUGAUGUCGAGCAGAUAGAAGACGUCUGCGAGAAAUGCACCGCUCCACCAAGAAAGCGAACAAUGUUCAUUCUCCUGGCUCUUUUUCGAGAGGUUACUACUUUGUACAGAUCUGCAAAUACUAGCCUUCAUCCAUCCUCUGAGAUUUGCCAUGCAUUUGCAGAACUCAUCCAGGGCUCAAGGUAUCUAUAUCAAAAAGAAGUAAGGGAUCUUGCCUCAGCCUUGGUUCACAACAGGUUAGGAUCCCUGGCCAUAACCCAUGACCUUACUAUUGUGGACAACACUAUUAUCGAGCUAAACAUCCACCUGGCAGCUGUGCUGCUCACUGGAACUCAUCUACUGGUGAUGCCACUCAAGCAACUUGGUCUGUCUCCUGAAAAUAUGCAGGCAGCGUUUAUACCUACAAUGCCUGAUGAUAUGUUAGCUGUUGCCCAGGCAGCCAUACAACAAGACUAUGGGAAGCUCACUUGGUAUGUGUGUCCAAAUAAUCACCCAUGCUUUGUUGACGAGUGCGGCCUGCCCAUGCAGAGAGGCCGAUGUUUGGAGUGUGGACAGGAGGUUGGAGGGGAGCAACAUUCUCCCUUGCAAGGAUUCAGACCGAUUAAUCUACAGCAGGAUCGCACAAGGCCUGGGCACAUCCUAGGAGACCCUGAGCAGGGAAACAACACAGACACUAAAAACAUGUCUCUGAGUCCAUUUACGCUGAUUAGGCUGGUUACACAUCUGGCCAUGUUGCUUGGGACCUCAGAGAAGUCCCAGUUUGUCCAGAGCAUCAUCCAGCCACCAGUGGAGGAUGUUUGUAUGUUUCUCGGUCUUCACAUAAUAAAGGAUCUGGAUCAGCUUUCACAGGCUCUUGGAAGAGGAGCUGACGACACGGUUACAACUGUCCACUUGGUGAUCAGAUCUCUGCAAGACCUAGUACAGCCCAGUCUAUCUGGAAUUGAUCCUAACCUAACAACCAAAGCAUCCAGAAACAGCUGGGAGACUACUGUGGCUGCUGAUAUUAUGACACCACUGUUGAGGGAUCUUGAUCAACUCCUACAAGAAGCCAAGGGCAGCAUUAGAACCGACUCCCGUAUAUCGUCCAACUUCAUCAUGAGGGCAACCUUCGGUGAUGAUUGUACUUUCCUAACGUCGCUACCGCAGGGGUCUCAGGUCCACAGCUCAGCGGUGUGGAGCUGUAGGGAGAGGCUCUCGUUGCUCAGCCUAACACACAUUCUGGAGCAGAAUGAUCAAAAGGAGGAACUUCCGCUUCUCUGGAGGUUCCUGCAGAAGGAGAAAGAAUUUCGGCAGAUCAAGCUCCUUCCAGACAUCGUAAUCCUGCAAACACGCUUGGUGAGAAUGUUCCAGAACGCAACUGACCAGAUAGUGGGCUCCGUUGGAGAGUUCAUUGAGAAGCAAACAGAAAUGAAGACGUGGUAUGAGAAACACAUUAACAUCUUUCUGAAGACAUGGAAUCUGCUCAGAGUGUCUGUAACCAGCAGUGAGUUGAAGAUCCCAGAUGAAUUUUGCAGCCAAGAUUUGAACCUGGACAGCGACUUGCAGUACCUCUUGCCCCGGCGGCAGGGACCAGGUCUGUGUGCCACCGGUCUGGUCAGCUACCUAGUGGCGCUACACAACGAGCUGGUGAACGCUGUGGAUAGUCUGACCGGGGAGGACAGCAGCAGUUACAGAGUGAGUGUGGCGGAGCUAAGGGAGCAGCAUGUGAUCAGCUAUGAGCUUGAGAAGGACCUACUUCCUCUGGUGUUAUCCAACUGCCAGUACAGCUUGGAACGUGGACAUGAGACAAUAACACAAUAUGACCUGCCCAUGAUCCAGCAGCAGAUCAUCACCCGCUUCCUGCAGGGAAAACCCCUCAUCACCCGCACAGGAGUUCCGACUCUGAUCAACACACAAGAGAGAGACUAUGAAACCAUGUUCAAGACUGUUAAAGGAAAAGUACAUCAGGCCACUCUGUCCUCUCUGACUCGGAACGCAUUGUCCAGAGAGCUGGACUCCUACAGUGAGGUGUGUGAGGCACUCAAGAUCGCUGAGCUGCUCCUGGGCUUCCUCUCAAUGACUGGUGGGGACCCCAUGAUGUCACUGGUCACUUACCUCCAGGAUAUCUUGAAGAUGGUUCAACGCAUCGAUAAACACGUAUUGCAGGCUCUGGGCAGAUGCAAUCUCAGACACUGUGUUUCUCUGUGGCAACUCCUCUCCUCCCUCAGAUCGGAAAACAUGCUGCGUCUCAAAAGGGAGCCCUUUUCGGGGUAUCCAUCAGAGUACCUGGUGCCGCUGACAGAGGAAAACAAGACUGAGCUGAAAGGCUUCGUGUCCAGAGGAAAUGUGGACCAAUGGCUUCUUGAGAUGCACGAGUUCCUCCUGCUGAAUCUGGGCCGGCCGAGGGCCAUCGAUGACUUCAACCCAGCCUGGAGUGUUAAAGAGACGGUGUGUGCCUACAUGGACCGUAAAGAAGUGGAAGUGCCUGCUUAUGUGGAGGAAAGGUUUCCUGCCAAUCUCAUGAUGUCUCAGAUUGUGGAGACCUGGAAAUACACCGUCACAGCCAAGCAGGACUUGAUGACUGAGGGAUGGUCUGGAUGACUUAAGAGACAUUUGAGUUUAUCAGGUUAAUCAUACAUUCUCAAAACCAAAAAUGUUGAUUUUCCUUUUUCCUUUGCUGUUAUUGGUUUUUAUUUUACAACUUAAAGAAUACAUUGAAGCUAAACAUACUUUUUUUAUUUUAUGUUUUCUCAGGAUUAUGUAUUUUGGUAUUGACCACCAGAAUCUCAGAAAGUUUCUGCCGAGUGGUAUAAGGAAUUAGUACAGAAGAAAUAUGAAUCUUUACAUUUUAUUUGUUUUAAUCAAAUCUUGCUAACGAUAUGCCUGCAACAGAUGGGAUAGUUUUUUUAUUUGCCUUUUGUUUCUGUUUGUAUGGAUUUUUCUGUGAAAGUUACGUGUGACUAAAAAAGGAACCUAAACCUUGAGGCCCUUAAAAACAAUGAAGCACACCGAAACUGAACUUGAUGAAACGCUGCCGUAAAGCUUUUCAUUUACUAUGUUUUGUCAAUCUAUUUUUAAUCUAUCUUAAUCAUUUGAAGGGUAACUGUCUAAGUUGACAUUUUUCACUUGGAAAGUUUGUCAGGAUCUACUCAGGAAAUGUUGAUGUAUGACUUUGAGUAUUUACUUUGUAACUGUUUCACUUCAUAUUUUUCAGGAUACUUUUUACAUUUUUGGACCAGCAUUUAUUUUACUAUUGACCACCAGAAUCUAAUGACUAAUCUGCAUGGUGGUAUAAAAAAGUAGUACAGAAGAUUUAUGAUAGGCUACUCCGCAUUUUAGUAAAUAUAGCUGAAAGUUUUUUUUGUUUGUAUUUUUUAUAGAUUUUUUUGUAAAAACUACAUCUCAAAGGCUACCAAACAUACCACAACUGGUGGACUUGAGGAAAUGUUGCUUGGUGAUAACAUUUUUAAUGUUUCUUUUCCUAUACAUUUUUUGACACGUAUUUUAAUUUUGAACAGCAGAAUCUCAUAUCUUAUCAGCAUAGUGGUAUAAUAAACCAGUGCAGAAGGAAUAUUAUACUUUACUUUUUUGAAUUUCGUUUUUAUAUUUCCGUUUCUGCCUUUUCAAUGUAUUAUUUAAUUAGCCUUUUUUUGUUUUUAUUGUGAUGAUUUUUCUGUAAAAGUUGUGUGAAAGAGAAAAAACUGAACUAAACCUUGAGGCUCUUAAAAAAAGGAAGCAUGCCUAACGCUGCCUUAAACAGUUUUACUGUAAUCAUGAGCAAGUUGUUCAUUUACUUUUUUAUGUGUUUUCAAUCUAUCUUAGUCAUUUGAAGGAUAACUGUCUGAGUUGACAUUUUUCACUUGGAAAGAAUGUCAGGAUCUACUCAGGAAAUGUUGAUGUAUGACUUUGAGGAGUAUUUUUAAGGACACGUUUUACAUUUUUGGACCAACAUUUAUUUUCCUGUUGACCACCAGAAUCUCAGAGGUAAUCGGCAUGGUGGUAUAAAACAUGUUUUUAUUAUUUCUUAGACAUUUUACUUAAUAUAGCUGACAGUUUGCCUGUUUUUGAUUUUUACUUUUGGUUAUUUUCUUCGUUUCUUUAUUAGAUGUUUCUGUGAUAAGUAUAUGUUAAAUACUACCUUGAGGAAAUGUAGUUAUCACGAGCAAGCUGUUCAUACUCAAAAACAUGUUAUUGUAUGACUUUGGCAAGCAUGUUUUUGUACAGUUUAACUGUUAUAUUUGAUGUUUUGAAGUAUUUCUCUUCACAUUUUUGGACUAACAUUACAGUAUAUUACUCUUGACCACCAGAAUCACAUAAUUCAUCUGCAUUGUAAACUAGUACAGAAGAAAUAUGUGUCUUCCAAUUUUGAACAUCAUUGUGUGUUUUGAUGUUUUUUUCUCUACUUUUGACCACCAGGAUCUCAGAACUACUGGUAUAAUAAACUAGUGCAGAAGGACUGAUACCUUACUUUUUGAAUUUAUUUUUAAAUGUCCUUUUCUGCUCUGUCAAUUGAUUAGAAUUCAUUGAAAGAAUUGAAUUUCUGUCUGAGGAAUAUGUCAGGAUCUACUCAGGAAAAUGUUGACGUAUGACAAGCAUAUUCUGUGUAAGUGUUUCAUAUUAUCUUUUUGAAUAUUACUCUCUACAUUUAUUUUACUUUAUACCACCUUUUAUAAUCUGCACGGUCCUACAAUAAAGUACAACAGAGGAAA